AUGUUCUCCUUCUUCAGCAGGCGAGCCUUGAAUGGCUUAACGAGCGAUGCUUUUGUCAGAAUACCGAGGGAGCGCACAAUGCCAUUGGUACUGAAGCCUUUUCAGAAUUGCUAUGAGUCACAUGCCAGAAUGUGGAACGUGUUUAUUCCUGAUCUUGAUGUCACAAAGUACAUGGAAACUUUGAGUAAAUACCGAAAAACAAAAUUCCGUAACAGAGCAAAAGACUUGGCUUGGGGAGCGCUCAAUGUUAAACUUUCUUCAGUUUCAGAGUAUUACUGGGAAGCUUCUGCCUGGCAUGAUGUCUUUGGCAUGAUAAGAAAUGACGAUAAUCUUAGAGCCGACAAGAGACCAUAUAAAUUUGCGGAAACGGACGACAACGGCAAACUAUGCGUCAAAACACGGAUCCCAGAUGCGACAUUUGGCAUUAGAUUCUUCCAAAAUAUCGGGGACCCAGCUUACAGGCAAGACGUUAAGAAGAAACCGGUACCACUGCUAUGUGACAACCGCCUCAGGCGUAUGAUGCUCAAUCCUGAAUGCGGUCUCGUCGUCGACGGAAUGUGGGGAGAGACAUCACUCAUCUUUCCAUUUGCCGCGUAUGAAGCUAAAAGCGGGAAUGAGUGGAACGAUUUCGCCGUUACAAGGCAGAUAUAUGAUGCAUGCAGGACAUAUCUGGCCAUGUUAGAUGACCUUGCUCGUAACCCAAACAACAUCAACGAAUAUCAGACAAAUGAGAGUUCUCGUUUUCAAUUUUUCGGGUUUACAUCAUUUGGGAAUUAUUGGAAGGUCUAUGUGGCUUGGAGUUCCUUGGAAGAUUGUAAGUGGUCGCGCUUUUGGGCCAACAGAGUUGCAUUCAACCGGCUGAGGGACUGGCAAAAGGCAGAUUUAUAUCCACUCUUCACAUAUGGCGGAUAUGUGAGGCCUCAAGGCCAUGCUAUCGGCCGACUUAGGGGCCUAGACCGGGCGUAA